AUGAGCUGGGCUGUACAACAAAUUACAUUGUAUACAAUUUGCAUACCUAUCAUUUUUGCAUUAUGUAUUCUGGCAGCAUUCUGUAAUAUAUUGGUAUUACUAGCACGAAUUCAAAUUAGAAAUCGAAGUGGAGCAUUGGAACUAACAUUUUCACUGGCUGUGUCAGAUAUUUGGACAUCAAUUGUUGUCGUUGCAUCAUUAUUUCGGAAUUCGUACAUGCCUGUUGUUUUGGGUAUUAAUUAUUCAUCCGUAUGUUUCUCACUUACUUUAGAGGCAUUUCGAACAGGUGGAUUAUUAACUGGUCUUCUUCAUCUGUCCACCUUGGCAGUUUAUCAUUUGGUAUCUAUCACACAUCCAUUUGAUCAUGGCAAAUUAUUAAAUCAACACAGAACUCGAUUAAUUGUUAUUUUAAUUUGGUCUUUACCGCCAUUACUUCUUUUAUUGUAUUUUUCCGUUUGGCCUGAUCAAGGAUAUCGGAUUAAAAAUUGUUCGGUGGUGGAAUUUUAUGAUAUGCUUUACUUUCGGAUGAUAAUUUCAAUUCUGAUUGUUGUACUUAUGUUGUGUACCGGAUUAAUGUAUUGGAAAUUGCUCAGGCGGCUAAAUGAGUCUUUUUCAAAAUCCACAACAACAAUACGUAAACAACGUAUUGUGGUAGCAUCAGGUCUUAUUUUUGGAACAUUCGUCAUAGGUUGGCUACCCGCGUCAUUACUUUACAUACUUACUGCGCAAGAUAUGCCACUUUAUCAUGUCAAAAGUAUUUGGCUAAAUUUAUUUGCUUUAACAACACUGAUUCUAAUUAUGAUUAAAUCAAUUACCAAUCCGAUCAUCUAUGCUACCAGAAUUCCAGAAAUUCGUCAUUUAAUUGAUGAAUGGCGAAAUCAUGUUCGAAUUGGUAGGAAUAGAAUUAAAAAUGAUAAACGAAAUUGCGAUGAACAUGAAACAUCAUUUUGUAAAAUUGGUGGAAGGAAUAAAAAUGAGAUAUCACACUAA